CCCGGCUAAAUUAGAUACCCGGAACGAAGGAAGAAGCGACAGAGGACAAUGAGCAGCCAUGACGUGCCGGUACAAUUGGGGUAUUACCGUCUAGGAGAGACGCUGGGAACAGGUUCCUUUGGGAAGGUCAAAUUGGCCGAACAUGUGAUCACAGGGCACAAGGUUGCAAUCAAGAUCUUGAACCGCAAUAAGAUCCGAUCGCUGGACAUGAGCGAAAAGGUGCGGCGUGAGAUCGGACUGCUCCGCAAGAUGCAGCACCCACACAUCAUUCGGCUGUACGAAGUGAUCGACACCCCCACCGACAUCUUUAUGGUGCUCGAGUACGUCGCGGGCGGCGAGUUGUUUGACUACAUCGUGUCCAAAGGCCGGCUGUCGCCGGACGAGGCGCGGCACUUUUUUCAUCAAAUCGUGUCCGGGGUCGAGUACUGCCACUUCCACCGCGUGGUCCAUCGCGACCUCAAGCCCGAGAACCUCCUCCUCGACGCCGACAACAACGUCAAGAUCGCCGACUUUGGUCUGUCCAAUACGAUGCGCGACGGCGAGUUCCUGCGCACGUCGUGCGGGUCGCCCAACUAUGCCGCCCCCGAAGUCAUUUCUGGCAACUUGUACGCCGGCCCCGAAGUCGACGUGUGGUCGUGCGGGGUGAUCCUGUACGCGCUCCUCUGCGGAGCGCUUCCCUUUGACGACGAAAGCAUCCCGAACCUGUUCAAGAAGAUCCGCGGCGGCAUGUACAGCCUGCCGUCGCAUCUGUCGGACGACGCGCGCGAUUUGAUUCCGCGCAUGCUCGUCGUCGACCCCAUGAAGCGCAUCACGAUUCCUGAAAUCCGACAGCAUCCGUGGUUCCAAACCAACUUGCCACCAUACCUACAACAUCCCCCCGAAGCCGUCGAGCAAGAAGCUCGAAAGAUCGACGACGAAGUGGUCGCCAAGUGUCUGACCCUGGACUUUCCUGGCGGGACCAUCACCCGCGACCAUGUGAUCCACAGCAUCGAGCACGAAGAAUACACGCCGCUGCGGGUCGCGUACGACCUCGUGCUGGACCACAAAAAUGCCAAAAUGCGAAUCGACGAACUGCGAAAUGUCAAGCGGCAUGACAACACGCCCAAGACGUUUUCCCAGCCCGACCAGAGUAGUUUGCUCGUGCCAGGCCGAGGACCGAUCCCGAUGGCUGCAUCGCCCAUGAUCCAAGCGUCCCCUGGAGACCCGCUGAUGCAGCGGCAAUUUGGCGGCCGCACCCCGUUGGCGCGAGGACCGCCGGCGGCAAAUUCUUCCCACGGGGGGGGGGUCAUGUCUGUCCAGCACCAGAUGAACGAAGCCGCGCUCGCGGAAAAGAAGCGUCGGCGAUGGUACUUGGGCAUCCAAUCCAAGAAGGAGCCGGCGCACGUCAUGUCGGAAGUGUACAAGGCACUGCUGGUGCUGCACUUUGAGUGGAAAGUGCUCGCGCCGUAUCGCGUCAAGUGCCGGUGGCAACCAGCGCCGCCGCCGCCAUCUUGUUCAACAUCAGUCCACAAACCCGUCAAGAUUGGGCUCCAACUGUACAAAGUCCAGCAGCACAUUUACUUGCUGGACUUUCAAAACCUUGGCGGCGACGCGUUCACGUACAUGAACUUGUGCGCGCGCAUUAUCACUGAGCUCAAGACACUGUCGGGCGUCCGACCAACGGCGGCGGCUCCUUCCCAUGGGGACAUGCUGCACGGAUACAACCCAUCGUCACAGGGCGGCGGCCUCCACCAACACCAUCACCCCCACAUCAACUUGCACGGAUGAUAUAUGACGGCGCUAAACGGGGUGAACGUUGACAUACAUUCAUUCACCCGUGGUUGGUGGGGAAUGUAUGUAUGAGUCAAGAACGACUAGUUGAGCAGCUGUCGGAUGGAUGGUAGAAGCCAAUGUACCCACCACAUCACCCAUAUUAACACACAAUUACUCCAUCGAUUGUUCUCAUAACUGUUAUUGGGAUAUACACAAACACCCCCACGGUGGCUACAGUGUAUCGUCUUUACUGUUAUGAAUAUCAUUAGUGUGUAUUG